AUGGCUUUUGCUUGUUGUACCGCUCUUGCCUCGCAAUGCCCCGGUCUAGCAGUCGCUCUACCAGACUCUCUGGCCUACAACAAGACUGAGUUGAGCUACUGGUCGCUACAAGAAGCAACACUCCGGCCAUCCUGCAUAGUGACGCCGCAAACGUCUCAUGAGGCUGCCUCAGUGAUCAGAGUUCUCACAUCGAGCAACGCCUGUGAGGAUGCCGACUUCGCCAUCAAAGGUCGCACCCAUGCGCCAGCAGCGGGAUUCGCGAACAUCGAUAACGGUGUCACGAUCGAUGUGACUGGCAUGAGCUCCGUUAAGACGAACGAAGACCAUUCCGUAGCCAGCGUCGGAGCUGGAGCAAGCUGGCUUGAUGCGUACGCCUACCUUGAUCCGCUCGGCAAGUCUGUGGCAGGCGGUCGAAACGGCGCAGUUGGAGUGGGAGGUCUGACGUUAGGAGGCGGCAUCUCCUACUUCUCACCCCGGGUCGGCUUCACCUGCGAUACCGUGGUCAAUUUUGAAGUCAUUCUCGCGACUGGAGAACUGGUCAACGCCAAUGCCUCCCAUCACGCCGACCUCUUCCGUGCUUUGAAAGGAGGGACGAACAACUUCGGGCUCGUCACUAGGUUCGACCUCGCAACUGUUGAUAUCUCAAAGAUCUUAGGCGGAAGCCUGGCAAACGAUAUAUCCCACCGUGGUGCAGUCUUCAAAGCCUUUGCCGACAUAGCAUCAGCGAAAAACUACGACGUACGCGCCAGCAUCGUCACCGGCCUCCUCUACAACUCCACAAGCAAAGGCUGGGCCGUCUCUUCAACACCCGUCUACACCCUCCCUGAGCUGCGACCAAAGAUCUACGAACCACUCUUCGCGAUCCCAAAUAUAAGCGACAAGCUGGAGAUCACACACCUCCAUGUCCUGGCAAACGAAACAGCCACUCCUCCCCUAAACUGGCAGUUCUGGACCGGUACCUACAGCGUCUCAGCCAAUCUCCUCGAUCGCAUGUUCGACGCCAUCAACACCACCCUCUACACCUUCAACCCCCCUGAGGGUAUAGUCUGGGACAUCGCCUUCGAGCCCCUCCCCACCGUCUUUACGGCCCCUGGAGCUGGGAAGAACAGCCUAGGUACAUCCCCUGACGACGGUAACCAGAUGAUCAUGCUCCUAUCAGCGCUCUGGCCUGACUCGGGCUCGAAUGCGAAGGUGCAUGCGAAAGCCGCAGAAGUGGUAGAGAGUGUUAAUAAAGUGGCAAGGGAGAUGGGGAUGUUGCGGGAGUUUGUGUAUACGAAUUAUGCCGAUUGGAGCCAGCGGCCGUUGGAGAGCAAUGGAGGGGAGAAUGUGAGGUUCUUGCGAGAGACGGCGAGGAAGUACGAUCCUGACGGUGUGUUUCAGCGGAAAAUGCCUGGUGGGUUCAAGUUGGAGAGGUGA